UAAACCGAUCCAUCCAGACUUUGACCUCUGUCUGUUUUAAAACCAGCCUGACUCCUGAGCAUCACACACUGACUGACAUUUACAGACAUCUGAUAGGUAAGAACUAUCACUCCUCACUUAUCCAUGUUAUACAAGGACAUAACUUCUCACAUUACAGAGCACCUUCACUCUUUCCACAGGUUGAAAUGAGCCAGGGUGUUAGUGUGACUCUAAGAUGCACUAUUGUGUAUUCUCUUCUCAUUUCUAUCUUUCAUCACUAUUUGCUCACAAUGUGGUUCAGACAAUAGUGGAUAGGGUUACAGACAGUACUAAUCUAAUGGAACAAACUACAUUCCGGUGAUUGUGAUAGGGAGUUCGAUGGUGAGGCAUAUAUCUGUAUGAAAAAAAGAAUGAAUGCACUCACUUAACUGUAAGUCGCUCUGGAUAAGAGCAUCUGCUAAAUGACUAAAAUGUUAAAAAAAAUACCUGGGGCAAAGACUUUGUGUUUUCCUGGGGCAAAAGUUCAGGAUAUCACCAGGUUGCUUCCCGAGGCUGUGAGUCAGUCACCGGGGGCUGAUACUGUCAUGGUUCAUGUGGGGUCAAAUUACAUUAUGAAGGGCAGCUCAGAACAGCUGAAGAUGGAUUUUAAAGAACUGAUUGGGUCUCUACUUGACACCAACAAACGCCCCAUAAUAUUUGGCCCUCUGCCCUCCAUAAAUUGGGGCAUUGAACGGUUCAGCAGACUUUUUGCCCUCCAUAACUGGCUACGAGACUAUUGCUGCUCUGUGGGUGUAACAUUUAUUGACAAUUUUGAUACCUUCUGGAAACAAAGCUCGUAUUAUAAGGAGGAUGGGAUCCACCCAAAUCAUUUGGGUUCCUGUGUCUUUUCACAGCAUUAUAAGGCUGCGUUGAGACAAUGACUUAUCAAUCACCCAAGUCCAGCUCAUUUAAUCCCUACCAUUGUGUCGCUGAGUUGUCAUAAUGAUUCAGCAUAUGUACAUUAUCCUAGGUGCGUUGGAAGACACAAUGUAAAUAACCUAAUUUAUGUCCCUCUUACUGCCCGGAAUGCCUCUGCUGAUCCAACAGCUAUUGUAUGCAGUAAUCAUAUGCCUAUGAACCAGAGUAAUACUGUUAGCACUGAGGUGGUGUGCCCUAGCAGGAAGUCCACUGUGUGCAGCUCACCCUGCACUAAUAAAAUAACCUGAGUAUGUCUACCUCUGCUAAGCUUCCCAGUAAAGCAAGAAAAAUUAUCAAGCAUCCCAGAAAAGUGUUAAAAAUAGCCUACGUUAACAUAUGUAGCUUAAGAAACAAGGUUCAUGAAAUAAAUAAUUUGCUAGUGAGAGAUGACAUUCAUAUUCUGACAAUCUCUGAAACUCACUUAGAUAAUACCUUUGAUGAUACAGUGGUAGCAAUACAAGGUUAUAACAUUUACAGAAAAGACAGAAAUGCCAAUGGGGGCGGUGUUGCGGUCUAUAUUCAGAACCACAUUCCUGUAAAGCUUAGAGAGGAUAUCUGGAUCAGAGAGGAUCUCAUGUUAAAUACUGUUGAAGUAAUAUGGCUACAGGUUCACCUUCCUCACCUAAAGCCCAUUCUGGUGGGAAGCUGCUAUAGACCACCAAGUGCUAACAGUCAGAAUCUAUAUAACGUGUGAAAUGCUUGAUAAUAUAUGUGAUAUCAAUAGAGAGGUAUACUUUCUGGGGAUUUAAAUAUUGACUGGCUUUCAUCAGGCUGCCCACUCAAGAGAAAGCUUAAAACUGAAAUUAGUGCCUGCAACCUGGUUCAGGUUAUCAAUCAACCUACCAGGGUAGUUACAAACAGUACAGGAAUGAAAUCAUCAACAUGUAUUGAUUCAUAUCUUUACUAAUGCUGCAGAAAUUUGUUUGAAAGCAGUAUCCAAAUCCAUCAAAUGUAGUGAUCACAAUAUAGUAGCCAUAUCUAGGAAAACCAAAGUUCCAAAGGCUGGGCCUAAUAUUGUGUAUAAGACGUCAUACAAGAAGUUCUGUAGUGAUCCCUAUGUUGUUGAUGUGAAUAAUAUUUGUUGGUCUGUGGUAUGUAAUGACGAGCAACCAGACACUGCACUUGACAUGUUUAUUACAUUUCUUAUCCCUGUUACUAAUAAGUAUGCACCCAUUAAGAAAAUGUCUGUAAAAACGGUUAAAUCCCCAUGGUUUGAUGAGGAACUGAAAAAUGCUAUGGUUGAGAGGGAUGAGGCAAAAGAGAUGGCAAAUAGGUCUGGCUGUACAACCGAUUGGCUAACGUAUUACAAAUUGAGAAAUCAUGUGAACUAAACUGAAUAAAAAGAAGAAGAAACUACACUAUGAAACAAAGAUAAAUUACAUAAAGAAUGAUAGUAAAACGCUUUGGAGCACCUUAAAUGACAUUUUGGGCGAAAAGGCAAACUCUGCUCCAUCAUUCAUUGAAUAAGAUGGCUCAUUCAUCACAAAACCCACUGAUAUUGCCAACUACUUUAAAUAUUUUUUAAUUGACAAGAUUAGUAAACUUAGGCAUGACAUGCCAGCAACAAACGCUGACACUACACAUCGAAGUAUACCUGACCAAAUUAUGAAAGACGAGCAUUGUAAUUUUGAAUUCCAACGAUGACAAGCCACCGGGGUCUGACAACUUGGAUGGAAAAUGACUGAGGAUAAUAGCGGACGAUAUUGCCACUCCUAUUUGACAUCUUCAAUUUAAGCCUACUAGAAAGUGUGUGCACUCAGGCCUGGAGGGAAGCAAAAGUUAUUUCCCUACAUAAGAAUAGCUGACCUAUCAGCUUGUUACCAACCCUUAGUAAACUUUUGGAAAAAAUGGUGUUUGACCAGAUACAAUGCUAUUUCACAGUAAACAAAUUGAUAACAGACUUUCAGCACGCUUAUAGGGAAGGACAUUCAACAAGCACAGCACUUACACAAAUGACUAAUGAUUGGCUGAGAGAAAUUGAUGAUAAAAAGAUUGUGGGGGCUGUUUUGUUAGACUUCAGUGCAGCUUUUGACAUUAUUGAUCAUAGUCUGUUGCUGGAAAAAAACGUAUGUGUUAUGGCUUUACACCCCUUGCUAUAUUGUGGAUAAAGAGUUACCUGUCUAACAGAACACAGAGGGUGUUCUUUAAUGGAAGCCUCCAACAAAAUCCAGGUAGAAUCAGGAAUUCCCCAGGGCAGCUGUCAAGGCCCCUUACUUUUUUCAAUCUUUACUAACGACAUGCCACUGGUUUUGAGUAAAGCCAGUGUGUCUAUGUAUGCGGAUGACUCAACACUAUACAUGUCAGCUACCACAGCGACUGAAAUGACAGCAACACUUAACAAAGAGCUGCAGUUAGUUUCAGAAUGGGUGGCAAGGAACAAGUUAGUCCUAAAUAUUUCAAAAACUUAAAGCAUUGUAUUUGUGACAUAAUUUACUAAACCCUAAACCUCAACUAAAUCUUGUAAUGAAUAAUGUGGAAAUUGAGCAAGUUGAGGAGACUAAAUUGCUUGGCGUGACCCUUGAUUGUAAACUGUCAUGGUCAAAACAUAUUGAUACAACAGUAGCUGGGAUGGGGAGAAGUCUGUCUAUAAUAAAUCGCUGCUCUGCAUUAACAGCACUAUCAACAAGGCUGGUCCUACAGGCCCUAGUUUUGUAACACCUGGACUACUGUUCAGUCGUGUGGUCAUGUGCCACAAAGAAGGACUUAGGAAAAUUGCAAUUGGCUCAGAACAGGGCAGCACAGCUGGCCCUUGGAUGUACACAGUGAGCUAACAUUAAUAAUAUUCAUGUUAAUCUCUCCUGGCUCAAAGUGGAGGAGAGAUUGACUUCAUCACUACUUGUAUUUGUCAGUGGUAUUGACAUGUUGAAUGAACCGAGCUGUCUGUUUGAACUACUGGCACACAGCUCAGACACCCAUGCAUACCCCACAAGACAUGCCACCAGAGGUCUCUUCACAGUCCCCAAGUCAAGACCAGGCUAUGGGAGGCACACAGUAACUCAUGCCAGCAGUAAAAUUAGAUUUAAAAAACAGAUAAAAAUACACCUUAUGGAACAGCGGGGACUGUGAAGCAACACAAACAUAGACACAUGCAAACAAACACACGAUAAGAUACGCACUAUACACACAUGUACACAUGGAUUUUGUGUAGAUAUGUGGUAGUAGAGUAGAGGCCUGAGGACACACUUAAUUUGUUGUGAAAUCUGUUAUGAAUGUAUUGUAAUGUUUUUAAUAUGUAUAACUGCCUUAAUUUUGCUGGACCCCAGGAAGAGUAGCUGCUGCCUUGGCAGCAGCUAAUGGGGAUCCAUGAUACAUACAAAUACAAAUACACUUAAACUGUAUAGCUGAAGCUGAAAGAAGUAGCAGAUGGGGGGAUGUGGAUGUUCUGAUUUGAUCAGCAUGACCUCAGACCGACCACUCAACCUAUUUUAGGCAUUGUACUAUACUUUAAUACAAUUCUAUAUGACGUGACAUAGUAGAAGAUUAUAAUGCUAUGAUGUUAAUCAGUAAUGUGCUCCCAUAAAGCCAGCCGGUGACUAACGUCAUAUAGUUGGAUCAGCUAUAUAGGUAUAGAAACUAGGUUCUUCUAGAGUUACAUUAUGAAAGGUUCAGAGAGAGUUCAAAAUGUUUGAAAGAGAAAGACAGAGAAAAGGGAGGAUUUGCCUGUUUUUACUGUUCUAUGUAUAUUUUGGGUAUCAUAUCUCUCUCAAAUUAUAUACGCACGUGUCACACAUCUGAGACCCCUGUGCUGAGUUAAUGAAUUCAAACAUGAGUGAUAAUCAGUAACACAGCAUUAGGACUUAGUCUUGGUGACUUGCAACUGACACCCGGUCAACUGGGUCAUACUCAGAGUUCUAUAGAUAUAUUUUGGCCUCCUCUAGAGCUGGACACCAUGUUGCUACCUCAUAUAAAAUUGCAUGAAUCCAUUCAUGAUGUGUGUGUGUUUCUGUGUGCCUGUCAGAACCUCUGGACUGAACCAUGAGUUCUUGCGUGACCCUGUCGUCAGGGCAUAAGAUUCCCUUGGUGGGGCUGGGCACCUGGAAGAGCGCCCCCGGACAGGUCAGAAUGCUAUUCAUUCUCAUUCAAAACACUGACAUCCACACAGAUAACCUAAACCUUAAUGUGUGUGUGUGUUGACUAUCUGUGUCUCACUGUAGGUGAAGCAAGCGGUGCUGACAGCUCUAGACUGUGGCUACAGACACAUUGAUUGUGCUGCUGCAUACAGUAAUGAGCAGGAGGUCGGAGAGGCACUGGCUCUGAUGCUGGGACCAGGAAAGGUGAGCCACAAACACCCUUUUUGAUCAAAGAGCAUUAGGAAAACUCUUCUGGAAAGCUGUGCAUGUAUGUGUGUGUUGAUCUCCUGUUUUUCCCCCCAGGCCCUGCAUCGUGAGGAUGUGUUUCUGACCUCUAAGCUGUGGAACACCCAGCAUCACCCUGACGAUGUAGAGACAGCCUGUAGGAAGAGUCUAAUACACCUGGGACUGGACUACCUGGACCUCUACCUCAUGCACUGGCCCAUGGCCUUCCAGUGAGCAACACACCCCUACUCACACCUCAAUACGACUGUGCACACCUCAACAAACACACCUGUACUAGAAAUCCGUCCCAGACAUGUUAUGGUCCUCUGAGCUGCCUGUGUGUUCUCCAGGCGUGGGACAGAGCUGAUGCCCAAGCGGGCCGAUGGGAGUGUGUGUUACGAUGACAUACACUACCGGGAAACCUGGGUUGCCAUGGAGAGCCUGGUUGAUAAGGGGCUGGUCCGAGCCAUCGGUCUGUCCAACUUCAACGCCAGACAGACAGACGAUGUCAUCAGCAUCGCCAAACACAAGCCUGUAGUCAACCAAGUAUGGGACUGUGUGUGUACAGUAUAUCUGUGUAAUUGUGUCUGACUUUGUGUGUGUUGGUAUAACUUUGUGUCUUUGUAGGUGGAGUGUCACCCAUACCUGUCCCAGGCCGAGCUGCUGAGUCACUGCAGGUAGGUGUGUGUGUGUGAGGUAGAGAGUGUGUAAUGGUGUGUGUGUGUGUGUGCAUUCCAGGGUGGUAGGUAGGUGUGUGUGUGUGUAAUAGUUUGUGUAUAUUCCAGGUCGGUAGGUGUGUGUGUGAUGGCCUACAGCCCUUUGGGUAGUGGUGACCGGCCCUGGGCCUCGCCUGAUGAACCCUGCCUGCUGCAGGACCCUGGACUGGGGGCUAUCGCCCUCCGCCACAGCAUGACCCCUGCUCAGGUCAUACUCAGGUAACGCAGCACACUGUAACACACAAACACCUCAGUGUAACUAGCUGCAGUGUAAUGAGCAAUUCUCAGGUGUGUGUGUCUGUCUCUGUCUCCAGGUGGCAGGUACAGAGAGGGGUAGUCUGCAUCCCCAAAAGUGUCACCCCCUCCAGGAUCCAGCAGAACCUACAGGUGAGGACAGUGCCAUCUAGUGGAAGGAAUACCCAUUGACCUGCAUUAUAUUUGACCAGUUUGGAAACUACUAACCUCUUCCCCAAAAUGCGACUUUUCGCAAGAGGCAGGGCCGUCUGAGUCUAGGAAACUACAGGCUACAAUUCUGUGUAGCUGCUGUGAUUGUUUUCUGGAGUGGGCAUUUGUUUGUGUCUGAUUGACAGGUGUUUGACUUCUCUCUGUCGGAUGAAGACAUGAAGCAGAUCGAGUCAUUCAACAGAAACGAGAGGUACAUCGUCCCAGCUGUGGAGGUGAGUUCUGAUUGUCUCAGAUGAGACCUCAGGGUGCAUGUCAAUAGUCUUAUACAGCCUCCUCCCCUGGUCACAACUAGACAGGUGAAGGAGAGCAGAUGAGGAUGCCAUAUGAGACUACUGAGAUGCAGCCAAAUUUAGCCGAGUUUCAGUUGAGACAUGGGGUUUUCCGGUGGUACCGAAUGGAACUGUGUGUUCUCUUCACAGAGGGACGGAAAGAGAGUUUGGAGGGACGCAGAGCACCCCCAUUUCCCCUUCAACGAUCCGUACUGACCCCACAUCUAGAGACAGAUCAACUGACCCCACAUCUAGACACAGAUCAACUGACCCCACAUCUAGACACAGAUCUACUUGUUUAAUUUCUACACAACUCCUGACUGGAGUUACUAGGCCUAGUCACUAGAGAUUUGAAUAUUUGAUUACAGAAGAAUCAUCUGUACUGCAGUUCAUGUUCCCUUAGUAAGAGUUGAAGUACAUACACCAUUCUAAAUUAUCCAGAAUUCAAUAUUAGCAUGAAAAUGUAUUUGCUACUAAUCCUUGAUUUUGUUCCACUCCAACUGAUCUUGUGUUCCGAUGUAUGGAUAUCUAAUAUGUGAGCUCAUUGGACAAAUAAAGAAAGCAUUAUAAUAUCA